UGGUACUCUGCGCGCUAGGCUGUGGACCUUCCUGCUCCAGUCAUUCUACUCUGUCUGCCACAUGCGGGGAUGGGAGACCCUGCUCUCCAAGCACAGAGAGAGGAUACUGGCAGCUGCUCUUGAUAAAAGAGACAGUAGAAGACUUGGGUGAAAAGCCUGUAUUCACCAGCUCACAGCAGCCGAGGGGUGUAAGAUGCCCUUGAGUUCCUGCAGCUCCUUGUGAGAGACCUCUUGUCCACAGGACCAUUUGGGUCAUCAGGAACACAGGGAAAGGAAGUUGCACUGCAGUUACAUCAUCAGCCACUAUGAAGUCAGACGGUCUGGGGACGCCAGGCCUCCCAUCCACCGCAGGGAGAGGGACUGGUGCUACCAAGCCUGGAGACACUGGCCCAUUCAGGGCAAAGAACGUCAAGACCAAGCAGCCAGGCGACCACCAGAGCACCACGGCUAAAGCCAAGACUACAACCUCCGCAUCAGCCAAACCAGUGCUCAACGGUACGGCUGGCCCAGGGGGGGCUAGGAAGGAGGUAGCCACCCCUAACGGACCCAGGGGGUCCCCAACAGGGGGGAAGGGGACUAAGGACCAGGACAGGAGGCCUAACCCAAACCCUGGAGCCAGGCCCAAGACCUCUCCCCCAGGCACCACCUCCACAGCUCAGGCCAGGCCAGGGAAACUGCAGAAGAAUACAGCAGGGAAGGGUGACUCUCUUCAGGGGGCAGACAGCAGCACGGCCCACCCAGCCACUACCACCCCCUCCACAUCAGGCAGUGCCUCUCCUGACAACAGUUCCGGAAGCCCACGCAACUGCCCCACCAUGCCAGAUCUUAAGACAAAAACCCAGGCUAAAGUUCUGACCAAAUCUCCACUGACCAAACCCCCCCAGGAAACAGACACCACAAAGACCAACAGCCCUACCAAUAAGCCCAGCACCAGAGAGGCCAAUAAAGCCAAGCUCCCCACUACAGGAAGAACAACAACUGUAGGAACAGGAGCCAGAGCAGACACAAAGGGGAUGAGCACACCAACAGGCUCAGCUGAGAACCAUGGUGAGAGGCAGAACCGUGUGUGUGCAGUCUCUAGAUCUGGGUCAUCCCUGAGUGCCAGAAAGCCUGCGUCUCCCAGGAAAGAGGAGGAUAAGGAUGGCUCCAAAGUCUCAGCAGACAAAGCAGCCAGGAAGACCACAAAAACCACCCCAGCUACCGCAGCCACGGCCAAAUCUACUUCUAAACCAGUCAAAGCCAUCUCCAGCUCCUCUCCUUCCAAACAGCCUCCACUAGCAACGGCCAAACCUGGACCAAAGCAGAAUGCUACCUCUGAAUCUCCUACAGAGAAAGACUCACCCAAGUCAGCGGGGCCAGUUAAAAACGURUCCUCUGUCGUUUCAUCCAAAAAGCCUGCAGCUAAAGAGAAAGAGGGAUCUAAUGGUAAAACCUCUGCAGAGACCCAGCAGGCUAAUGACACUGGUUCUGGAGCAGAGAGGGUCUCCUCACAUUCAGAUCCCAGAGAGGCCUCAGAGCCAGUAGCAACAUCCACAGAGCAGAGUCCAGCUCAUAACAUCCCACUACCACCAGGCCCCCAGGGCCACAGUGGAGGAGGGGACUCCCUCUCCUUACCCCUGAACGCCAGCCCUACGCUAAGUCCUCAGAAGUCUGCCAAACAACCAGGUAAACCUAACUGCACAAGAGGAGUCAGGGCUCUGUCCAGUCAGCCACCAGCAAUCAACCACAUAUUUAAUGGGAAUGACCUCGUAAAUGGAGAGCCUGCUAAGCACACAGAGGGGACACACACAUGUAAACACACUCCUGGCUCAGCCACAGACCUUCCGCUGGACACCCCAACCCCAGGCAGCCCUCUGGAGGACUCGUGGAGCAGCCUGCACCACCAGGUCAGCCCCGAGUCAGAAUCCGGCAGUGCCACCACCUCAUCAGACGACAUCAAGCCUCGCUCUGAGGACUACGACGCCGGGGGCUCCCAGGACGAUGUGGAUGACUGCUGUUCCAACGACCGCGGCGAAUCCAAGGGGGGCGGCACCAUGCGUUGCCAUGACUUCCUGGGUCGCAGUAGUAGUGACACGAGUACGCCUGAGGAGCUGAAGAUGCUGGAUGGUGGGCUGCGGGUCGAGGUGAGGCUGAAGGGGUGCGAGGUAGAGACCACCAGCGAGGAGGAAGGGGUGAAGCAACGGCCGCGCUCCUGGCUGAGUAGGGACAGAGACGAGGUCCCUGUUGAGGAGGAGGUGCAGGCCAAUAUUACGGUGAAGCAGGUCCCCGACAGCCAGCUCUUCUCCUCUGAGGAGUCCGAGGAGUCUGAGGAAGAGGAUGAGAGGUCAGAGGUGGAGGUUCUUCCUGUUCACCAGGCCCCUCUGCCUCCUGCCGACCCCUCUUCUCAGUUCCAGGGCAUUGUGAACAUGGCCUUCGAGGAUGGAGGUGACCCUGGUCAAGACAACAAACAGCAGCAGCAACUGGACUACCAAUCAGCCUCUAACUUCCGCCGCUCUGUUCUGAUCUCUGUUGACGAGUGUGAGGAGCUGGGAUCAGAGGAGUGCGGGGUGCAGACUCCGCCCCAGCAACAGCCUGAUGACCCCCUCAUGCCCUGCGACGUCUUCGGGAGCGACCCUUCUCCGGCCCCUCAGUCGGUCCCCAACUUUGUCUCUCACUCUGKGGGGCACCUGGCAUCGGACUUUCCCAAAAGCACACCUCAGCAGCAGCAGGAACAAGGCAAAGAGCACGAGUCCAACAACAACAAACCCAACAAACCCAUUGUUUUCCUCACUGAGAUCCAGGAUCCUCUGGUAGAUGACCAUAACCCCACCAAAGUGGAGGAAGUAGAGCCCAGCCCUGGUUGCCCUUCUCUGGACCAUGACCCCACUGUCCUGCCUCCCCAGGAGCGAGAGAGACCCUGCCACCUAGACCUUCGGCCUGCUGAACAGUACAGCAAUGGAGGAUCACCACGCAAGAACCCCUCAACCAAGCCUAGCCAAGCAUCUGUACCUGUGCAUGUAGACAACAAGAGAUCAGACUUACAUACAUACUUAAAUGACCCUCAGCAGAAAGGGGGCUCUCCUGUACAUGCAGCUAUCCCACAAUCCCCAGCAGGGGACAUUGAAGGACAAUGAGACAGACUGGAUCAAACAACAACCCCAACCUGUACACAUGACUUGACGCCCUUCCAAAGCCCUCUCUACCAACUACGGACUGAACGUGAGACAAGCUUUUGAGCACCUCAGCUCCUCUGACAACAGGAGCAGGAGGAGCACAGUGGGGUAGGAGGAGAAGAACGACAAAGAGGAAGAUUACAAUGAAGAGAGUGGUAAGUUUGCGGAGCAUGCUGAAGCAACUCCUCUCAGACCAGGAGUCCAGUCUUGGCGUCAUAAACCCAGUCCCUGAGGACCUAAACCUAGCCCAGUAUCUCAUCAAGUAGACCCUGUCUGUCUCCCGGGACUGCCUGGACACCCAGCAAACCUUCCUGCUCCACUAGAAGGAGACAUUUAAACGCUGGGCAGAGCUCAUAUCACCCCUGGAGGACUCCACAACCAGCAUCACUGUGACCAGCUUCUCGCCCGAGGAUGCUGCCUCUCUGCAGGGGUAGUGGACCAUCGUGGAGCUAGAAACGUAUCACUGACAAAGCCUAUACAGAAUUAAGGACUAAUGAAUCAUCUUGGAGUUAGAAACACAUCACUUGAUUGACAGUGUCUCGUUAGUCCUUAAACCUAUGUUAACUUCUUUCUGGAUUAAUCAACCUUCUAUCUGGAUUCAUUAACUAAACAACACUUCUUCUGAGACAGACACUACAACAGUACUAUCUAUCAGCAGGACCUGUUACACUUUCUCUCUGGACUUCUGCAACAUGUCUUCAGUUUACUGACAUCUACAGUACCACAAUUAUUCUGUCUUUAAAAAAAAAAWWWUUUUAAUUUCUUUUAUCAAUUAUUCUGUCUUGAUGUUUGAGUCAUCCUCUAUUUAUUGGUUGACUGUCUCAUGCUUUUUAUGCUGCUUUUUAUGAGUUUUUUCGGGCUCUCAAACUGAGCUUGUUUGUUUGCAUUCAGUCCCCUUCACAGUGUUUGACUUGGACUGAAAUAGGUUCCAGUACUCAUUUUGGGUGCUGGUACUGUUUAUUUUUAGGUAAAGGAGCUCCACAAUACCUUUCGAUAAGAGGAACAGGAGCUCAAGCCGUAGAACAUUUUAGGUGCCGGAACUCAGCUCCAGUGAGCUCCUGCCCAGUCAAGCACUGCCACUUCAUCAUCUUCAGUUAUAUCCUUAAUACUUAAUGGACUGAGAGUUUAAACACAAAUAAGCUGUUGUGCAUGCGGACAUUUGUGUAUGUUUAACUGUUUACUUGGUGUUUGCAACCUUUUAGAAAGAAGAAAAUAAAAAUAAAAUGUCUUUCUCAUGG